AAACAAUAUGGCGUCAAUGUAAACAGGUGCUUACCAAGAAUAUAUUUCUUAGAACAUUAACGCCACAUAGAAAAAAUGGAUACAAGUAUCCGGUCGCUGUUGGUAGCUGCAGAGAAAACAGUUGGCCAGGAGAAAAACCCAGCUUUGCAGCAAGCUUACAGUCUUCUGAGAAAUGUUGCCGAAAGUAAGCCAUCAGUUGAUAGUCCUGAGGCCUUCAGUCCUGACCUAUACGUUCAGUGUGCGGAAAUAGCAUUCCAGAAUGGCCUUGUUGAGAUGACAAGGGAGUGCCUGAAGAUGUACUUCAUGAAGCCCCCACCUGGGAACCAGUUCCUGUGUCGGGCCUACCUUGUCCAGUCCCAGCUGCUAGCGCCAUCGGGAACCAACCCAGACCAGCUUGAGAAGGCUGUUAUAUAUCUGCUCAAAGCAAUCUCAUUUGCAAAGGAAAAUCCAAGAUACCAUUUUUUAGUGUACAACGCAUCAGUAAUCUACUGGCAGUUUUCCCGACCGUUCCUGAAGCCAAACUUUAAACAGUAUCUGGCGCGUAGUCUUCAUGCUGUUGUCAAGGCCCUGGACGAUAUUGAUGAUAAAGACUAUGAGUGGCGAGCACAGCUGAUGAUAGCUCUGAUAGAAUGCCAACUUGACGCGGGUCGAAAGAGCGAAGCCUCAAGCAUCGCAGCAGCAUCUACAUCUUUCAUCAAGAACAAUGUUCCACAAUUAUUUAAACAAGUUUUUGGACUCAUAAUCCGUAAUCAGCUGAUUGACACAACCAAGCUGCACAAAGACAUCAAAAGUUCUCCCGAACUUGGCAUCUACUACCAGAUAUGUAAACUAAAAGUGUCCCUUGAAAACAACGAACCUCGAGAGUACCACGAGGAGAUUGCUCGUCUCCUAAAUACGAUGGGCGUAGCUCGUACAGAUUCCAGAAAGAAAAAAGGCAUGGCGUCGGCUGGAUCUGGAACAGAGCCAGACAGCUCUCUUGGCUCAUUAUCACGAGAAGUCAGUGAGAUGUCACUUCCCGACUCAGCAAAGGGUAGAAUGGGAAAAUUGAAGAACAGUGAUUUACGAAGGGCGCUUAUAUCAGAGCGUACUAGUGAAUCACUGAAAUCUCCAUCAUCAACGAGAGACGUGAAUUCACCUCGAAACUCUCGCACACCCUCGCGCAGUCCAACAAAAGGCACUGGGCGCCGCACACCUACCCCGCUCUCAACAAAGAAGAUUUCUCAAGACAGCGAGGAAAUGCCAUAUCUUCUCCUGGAGUUAGGGCGGCUGAGUCUGGAACUGGACUUUCCAGACUUGGCACACGACUGUGCAGCUCACAUGGCCACAUGCAACAUCAAGGAGCAGGGAUUUUUCCUGCAGUUGGAGUUUUUACAGUGCGACAUUACUGUGAAACAGCUUGCUGGGAAACAAGAAUCUCUCCAUAAACAAGUGGUUGAUACAAGGCUUCAGGCCAUGAAGCGUUGCAGCGAGGCCAUAACAAAUGCUGUGCGCCUUGCGGACCCAAAUGUUAUACAGGCUGGAUGCGUCACUCAGUGGAAUCUAUGUCUCCCCCUGCUUCAGCCAAACCUUCGACACCACGUGCGGCGUCCGCUCACACAGGUUGCAGAGGCACUGGAGGAUAUACAGAGCCUGCUGGUUGAGUUGCGUUGCCAGGUGCACACUGAGCUCGCACGCUGUGAAGAAGAUGAGGAACAGAUACAGGUCGCCAUGACCCAUAUUCGCAAGGCUCUCUCAUUGGAUGAUGGUCGAGUGUAUACGGAGCGUCUUGAGGUUAUGUUACAUCGUCUUGAGCUGCGGUCAUCACUUUACAAUACUCCUGAGAGACCAGAGGACAUUGCUGGCAUGAUAAUUGAACAGGCUCGGAAGGCCAACUCUGGUACAAUGCGUAUGAAGCGAUCACUAUUGGUCAAGGCAGGAGAAGCGUUGGCCCCCGACGCCUUUGCCCUUGUUCUGGAUAGUGAAAGCAGCACAAAAGAUGUGAGUGGAGGGAAAGCCCCUAUGACUCAGAUUAAGAAGUUGGCCAACAAGGCUCGUCAGUUUACGAAGUGUGUCCGGAAGGCAGCGGGGCAUCUUAGUCGAUUGGGCAGCGAAAAUGACAGAGAAAGAGCCGCAUUGUGGGGCGACCUCGCAAAGACAGCUCGUAAACAGGAAGUCUGGGAUGUGUGUCGGGUCGCCGCCCGAUUUUGUCUCCUUUACGAUGACAGCAGGUGGAAGAUAGAAGUUGUAGAGAAAAUAGACACGCCAAAGCCAGAGAGAACCCGCACACAAGACCUUUCAGCUGAGGGCACCCAAUCUAGCUUAGAUAAACGUGGUCCAGAUGGUACUGGGGGAGACGGGAGUCGACCAUCAUCCCCCGGGCCACAGACAACCUUGUAUGAUCGCGACCUCCUGAGGAUGCUGGCCGAGGUCAACUUCAUACAAGGCGAGGCGAUGGUGCACUUGUUGAGAACGGAGGGUGUCCAACUUAAUGACCAACCAAUCCCGCCCGUGGACAGGAGCAAACACCCAAAAGGUUACAUAGCCAAGAAACCAGAGGAAGACCCAGACUGGAUUGAAUACUGUGACUGGAUAAAAUCCUUAUCCGAGAGCACUACAGGAAGUUUCCUACGAGGCCUGGCACUGGGCGUGGAACUCACGGAGGCGUGGCUUGUAUGUUGUAGCGCCACAUAUAUCUGGAACUACAAUAAUCAUGUGUUGACACAGCUCAGACAUCGGGAGGUUAUGGAGACACUUACAACAGUGUUUGAUGGUCUGAAGAAAGUGGGUCAUGCAAAUGAAACAAGCUCCCUUGUCAACAUAUGUAAUGCCCUGGCAUACGCCCUGAUGAAGCCAUGGUUCCCGACCCCUUCCAAGGACCCAACGCCCCCUGCCACCCCGGGAUUGGAGUCGCCUACCCUCAAGAAAGGCAAAGAUAAGGCACAGAAGAGUAAAACCAACACGGCGACUGUGGCUAUUUCCCAGGAUGCCAUGCCAGACCUAAAGAAAGCUAUUGAGGUACUUGAAUACGUGUUAGAGGUCACAGGUGGGGGUAAUCAGAAAGAUGUAGUGCCGAUUCUUGUUCGUAUGCCGAUACUGCAGACAUGGGUUGCAGCUAAACAGCUCGCACAGCAGCAAAUAUCCAAGAACCUUGGAGUGGAAGAGGAGCCUUUCACUGAAGGUCAGAAGCCAAUGUCAAGGUCAAUUGUUGCCGUGGAGAUGCUCAAGCUCAACAAAAAUGGGAUUAUGGAGUUCAAAGAAGCCCCGCCUAUUGCAGAGGUUGCUACAAUGGUUGAGGAGUGCCGAUGGUCAGAGAAGUUUGUAGAACUCCAGCUAUGGACCCAGCUAACGUUCUUGGCUUAUGAUCAACACAUGCACAACCUCGUGUUGCGAUGUAGUGCCAAGGCUUUACGCUUUGCUGCCUCCGGGACUCAGCCAAAGACCAGAAAAAUUGAUGGUCACAUGCAGAUGGUCGAGAAUGAGAUGUUGAGUUUCUCGAGUGGUCUGUUGGGACAGAGUCUUGUGGACAAUAUGGGCGGGAAGAAUGCCAUCAGACGUGAGGCGCUGUCUGCAUUCCUAAAUAGUGCUAGGUUUGCAAUGAAGGCAGACAAUUACGAACUUGUCAUGACAGCUGCUCGUCACUACUGGAAUGCGUGUUGUCCACUCGUCAGUCAGCCAAUCGAGCGGGAAUUGCUUCGUGAGCCAGUCAGAAUUAUUCUACAAUGUAUCACUGAAACCGCAGAUAGUAAGAAAAAGGAGGAGAAAACAGAGAAUGAAGAUGGGCAAAGCGUGGAAGCUGAAAUUGGUGAGACAAAAUCUGACAGUGGUCGAUCAGCGGGUGGAAUCGGCGCGGUAGAAGAUGACUUAACAUUACGAGCAGCUCUUUACGGUGUACUCUUCCAAUCAUACGCAGAUAAGGGACAAUGGGAGGCUGGAUUGCUGGCAAUGGACCAGGCGAUUACAGACAUGCCGAGGACUAAACACCGCCUCCUGAUAUUUAAGCACCGUGUGAUGACUAAGGCCAGACUGGGAAGAAGUGUUGCCAUGGAUAUUCAGAAGUUCAAGCAUGAGCUGCGAAAGCUGGAACCUGUUAGGUCUAGACGACGCAAGGAUGAGAGUGAGGAUUACGUUGCUCACAUGUGGCGACGUGUUGCCCUCAUGUCCAAAGAAACGUCGGAGCAGCUUCUUUCAUACCAGAACGCCAUUGAGGCCCUCUCUAGUGAAAGUACAACCUGGCUUAAAGUGGACCUUCUUCAAGAGUUUGCCCAGUGGCUGUGUGUGCGAGACUUUCCCGUCGAGGAUGCGGUCGAUCAGCUCCAGUGGGCGAUCGAUAUAAUGAUCAACAUGCAGGCUGAGAUCGACGCCAAAAAACAGGAAGCCGCAGAAGAAGAGCUGAGGGCUGCGGCAGAAGCUGCAGAGGCGAAGAAAGCGUCUAAAGGAGGAGUGAAGGGAAAGAAGGGAGCCCCACCCCCGAAGGUGAAGCCCCCAUCCCCAAAGAAAGUUGAGAGAGUAGAAGAGAAGAAGAAAGAGGAAGGGGACAUGAAGGAGGAAGAUAUUAUUCCGGUCACACGUGAAGCUGUUAUAGGUGUUGAGCCAGCAAAUCCUCAGCUUAAGGUGGAAGAAAUAACGGAUCUACGAAUACUUGAUGGGUUGGUCCGGUCACAUGUCCUGAUGGCAGAAAUUGUGGGCCGAUCUUCACCAAUCUAUAGUGACUGUCUCAUCAUGGCAUACACAUACAUAAUGAGGAUAUGGCAGGUGACAGUUGCUGUGUCUGGCCCCACAAUGAAGGAAAUCCUGAAGAAUCCUCCACCACCGCCACAGGAGAGUGGAAAGGGGUCGGCAAAGAAAAAACCUGACAAAGGGGCUGAGAAGGCGCCACCGGUGAAGGAGAAGCCGAAACGGAAGGGGCCACUAGAUGUGUUGCCCCAUAACCUGGAUGAAUGGGCGGUGUAUGAUGUGCCAGAUGAGGUUCUAGAGGCCUUUAAACAUGACAUGAUGGUGGAGACUGGGAUCAAUGCCAAAACAUUUGUUAAACCGAUGUUGACACUUCACUACAUGGACUCACUGAUAAGCCAACUUCGGCUAAUUGGUUAUACUCACAUGACCCUUCCCAUUCUUGCCCUCCAAGACGUCCUGUCACGCAACCUGCUUCGAAAUGACUCGCUCAGAUUUCUCGUACACGCUCGUGCAACUGAGGUCUGUCUAGAGUUAAAUCUCAUGCAGGGUUACGCGUUUCACCAAAAGGCGUGUGGACCAAUCGCGCUGAAUGAACUUGACUUAGCAAAGUCACGUGACGAGAUUGCCCUUUGGCGGGAGAAACAGUCACAGGUUGCUAAGGAAGAAGCUCGUGUACGUGAGCAGAUGGCACAGCUUGCCGCUCAGGAUAAACAAUCAACGCGAGCCUCGUAUGUUUCACGCCGAACGGAUCAGACUACCGAUGAUUCGUCCACGCCGAUUGAUUCUCAUCUUGGCAAGGUUCUGGGAGCUGUACAGUUCCAAGAUAUCUGGACAGAAACUGCAGAUGUUCUCAUGAGACAGGGUCACUACCAGACAGCCCGAGAGUUUCUCUGGGAAGCCCAUGAUGUGGGAGUGUCUCUCAGUGAUGCGCCCCUCCAAGCUCGGGCUCUGUUUCUUUUAGGGAAACUUUCCUUGGAGGAAGCCCAGCAUGGGCAGGCCAUCAACUUCUGUAUACGGGCACAGGCGCUACACCAUGGUGAUGAAACAUACUGGUACGAGACAACGAUGCUCAUGGUUGAUGCUGCACUACAAGAUUACGAGAGUCGCAAACGGCAAGGAGUGGCACGUGGCAUCCUGGUUCAUGCUCUCAACCAGUUUAUGCGCAUCAAGGAUGAGCGACCAAACAGGACAGGAGUGCUUGGUUACAUCACCGCAAUGCUUGCUGCUAAGCUUGCUGGAGUACAGUGGGGGAUCAUUCUAGAAGACCAUCCAGAUAUCAACAACCCCUCCAUUAUGAAAAUGGUUCAUGAAAUCUGCGAGAAAUAUGAUGAGUGUAUCGGCUCUCUUGUUCGGCUGGGUUAUAGACAAGAGGCGUUACCAUUGAUGCGUGAACAUGCAGCUAUUCUCACACGUAUGGCACGUGAUUCUUUGGAACCUGAGAUUCGACACACUUAUUAUCUUCAGGCAGCCAUAGUUCUAAGGGAUGCGGUAUCUGCUGCUGACCAGGUUCUACAGGAUGUACAGACACUCACCUCCCUACAAGAGACACGUGGCAUGUCACUUCCUGUACAACGUGAGGCGGGAGAUAUUAAGAUUGCGUGCGGGGAACUUCUACUGGAGAUAUUCCGCGUUCAUGCCCGUGAAACCAGUGCGCUACAGCUCGAGGACCAGCGUAAAGGCUCCGUGCUCAAGAUGGUGGAAGACUUUAUCCGCGCCACACCAGAUUAUACCCACAUGGAGCGAGAAUGGGUCGAUACAGUGAAGGUGGUGUUGGAGGAAGCAGUGUCCAGGUUCCUGGAUGCCCAUUCCACAGCGGGCGCGGGUGUACCCAGGCUUCGAUGUCGGGCCCUCUGCGGGCUUGGCCAGUGUCUGCGAGCUCUGUCACUUCACACGAGUCCAGACCCUCCAACACAUUGGCUUGUCAAUGAUGUGGAACUUGCAAAGUUAUCCAGCAUUGCUGAGGAAAAUGAGGGUGGAGAAGAAGAAGAGCUGGACCCUCAUUCCCGACAGUUCCUCAAAUACGCCCAACAGAUACGUAACAUCAAGGCCAGUAACAAAGUGUCACACAAGUAUCUAGUGCAGGCAACUGAGAGUCUUUUACAAACUCUGGUCCUUGCCCUAAACAAGAAGUAUACGGACCUGGCCGGAGUUGCUACCCUUGAAUUAGUGGAAUGUUUUGGCCAGUAUGACCCAGCAAUAGCCAGCCAGUUCCUUGCUCUUCAUCAGAGCUGCGUGACCUCUACACGUCUUGUUGACCUGUUGUCCUCUGCCCAGCUUGACCCAACUCAGUCACGCCUGGCUGCACUUCUCCGACAGAGGGCUAACUUCCUGUCGCGGGAGAUUUCUUCGAACUCUCUCGCAAGUGAAGCGUACCAGUCGGUGCAAGCAGCUCUUGAGAACGAUUGGCAGGCCUGGAAGAAACAGGAAGUUUCCACAACCCACAUGGACCUGCUCAAAGAUCUCCCAUCAAACUUUAACUUCCUAGUGCUACAACACUCGCCUGACAAGUCUUUCCUGUAUGGAGCCCUAAUGGAGAAGUCCAAAAGCUCUGUUGGGGGUGGGGACAAAAAGCCUGCCGGGAAACAGACUGCCCCAGUGUCUUCAGCAUACAGCCCUGCCCAGAGUCGAGCUAAAGUGUUCGGAAUGGAGACGACUCGCGAUGUCUUAGAAGCCCUGCAGGAGAAAUGUAAAAACCACCGCCACAAUGUACAACAGCUUCUCGUCAAACAAGAGUCCCGAAGAUCACAGGUUGCCUUGAGGGAUAAAAUGCUCGCGAACCUUGAUGACAGUCUUCAAGGACAAAAACCAAAGAAAAAACGUAAUGUGCGUGAUGUAGAUGUGCCAGGAGUUAUUGAGGAAGGGGAGAGAGAGGAGCGCCAACUUCAGGAUGAGUUUAGAGACUUGGUUGCCUCCCUUGAAUCUUACCUUAAACCAAUCACACAGCAGCUGGAGGGAGUUCUUGUCCCGCCAAUUGGCAGCCCAUCAACCAGUACAACAGAGAAGCCUGGCCGUGAGCCCAAGGAGCCCCCACCCCCUCCACAGGAGUACGUCAUUAUCCUGGCUGACUCAGAUCUACUCCAGCUCCCCUUGGAGGCCUUGCGUGUGUUCCAGGCGGACCCAAUUGUGUCCCUCUCACGUGAUUUCUCACUCCAGAUGUUCCAUCAUCGCUACUUCCAGGACCAACCUCCAAGUGAGGGUGGUCAAGCUGUGAGCAACAAAAAAGGGGAACCCCCUAAAAGUGCCCCUAAAUCUGCAGGCAAAGGGGGUCAUGCACAUCCAACUGAAGAUGCCGCAGCAGCUGCUAAAAAAGCAAAGGCCAAGACUGGAGACAAUCCCUUAUCACGUAUUCCGGGCAUGCGUGACGCCAGCAAAAAAAUGGCAAAGAUCGUCCCAUUGAACAGACCCAUCAAUGCUUGGUGCAUUCCUGUGGACACAAUGAAUUUUAGAUUCAUUGUCGAUCCACAUCUCGAUUGUGCGGAGACGGAGGAAAAUAAACCAAUUGAAGUGUUUAACAAGGUGCUGGAAACGUACGAACAGCAGUUUACUCCCCGCUGGCUUGGAGUUAUGGGCAAUGAACAUGCACCGAGUGUUGGUGAAUGGGAGGUGUACUUAGUGGAGAACAGCGCAUUCAUCUUCUACGGAAUGGAGAGUUUCCUGUCCUACAUCUCUCCAGCUAAACUUUCUGCCCUCAACAUCCCAGACUGUAUGAUAGUGUGCUCCCUUGACAUGGCUCAAACAACAAACAGUUUCGCUCGUCAGUCAAAAACAGAUGUUCUCAAAAGUGCAAAGAUGUUGGCCCUUGAGAAACCAGUUGAGACAGCAAUGUUGACCUCUCUGGCUGGGAUCAAGUGUUACCUUGGUAACCAAUGGCACUGCACACUCGCUGAGAAUGCUUCCAAACUCAACACAAGCAUGAAAGACUUGCUUGAAGGAGGUCUAUCAACGGGAGAGAGUGUUCGCCUGAUGUGUGUUCCCAACCGUCGCAAGGUUCCAGAGGCAGAGGAGAGCGCAGAUGAAACCAAGAAUACCUCCCCACAGCCCAACACUGACGACUCUGCCACCGAGGGAUCAGCUGCAGAGAGCUCCAUACUUAGCGAGAAAAACGCGUCAAUCGACCAGCAUGAGACUGAACCGCAUAGGUCCUGGUUUAACCUUGUUUGUUACGGUCUUCCAAACCUGGUCGUAACUCAGACAUAAACACUUAAGAGAUUGCUGUGAUAUAGAAACAGGAAACAAUUGUGAUGUUUGUUAAGCUCAUUUUGACUGAAAUAUAUGUCAACAAGCUUGAAUCUAACUAUCACAGAUACCAGUAUUACCUUUUAGAAAUGGAAAAGAAAGCUGUGGUGUUUCUGUUUUGAGAUUAAUCCUGUCUCAAGUAUACAGUAAAAUUGUUGAAUGUGAUAGUUCUUUAUGAAACAGUGCUAUUUUAUAAAAUGGAUUUUGUUUGACUCAAAAUUAUGGAAACAAUGUUAACUGUGAUAGCUUUAAAUGGAACAAAGUAACUUCACUUGACUAUGAAUCUCAACUGUUCCGAAAAUGAUGAUAAACUUUUCGAUAAAUUAACUGCAUAAUAAUGAAUGUUUGAAAACAUCAAUUAAAUUCAGGUGUUGGUCUUCAAAGUUUGUGAUAUACUUAAAAGGAUUUCCAGUUGGUAAGAAGUCCGAACAUAGCAUUGUGUUUUAUACUAAAGUCUGUGAUAUUUUGAGAAAUGAUUUUUUUUGUUAUACUGAAGGGACUUUUCACAAAUUUGAUGUUUGCAAAUAUUUUUUUCAAAUGUUAUUGAAAUUCUAAGAAUUGUUUUUAUCCUUUUUAUAAAUAAACAGCAACUGACAGAUACCGAUACUGUUGUGAACAGAAUUUUGUAAAAUUAAGCCUGAAAUAAUGUUUAAAAGCAUUUAACAAUGCUUUUAGGCAAAAUGAAGAAUUUCUGUCACAUUUUCAAAUAGAUUGAAAAAAUAUAUCUUACUUGAUCUUCUGAUGAUGUAUGGUCAUUGUUACAAGUAGUUCUUGAACACUUCACAAGAAAUUAACUAGUUUGAUGUCCGACCCACAAAACAUGAGAGUCCCUUUUACAUCUGAUUGUUCUUGAUAGUUUUGUUUUUAACUUAUAAUAGACUAUUUAUAUAAAUUUAAUAUUUAUUUUAAACAUAUAAUUGAGUUUAUUUGUCCGUUGUCAAAUAACAGGAAGUUUAAAAGACAAAUUAAAGAAAUUAAAACUUUUUCCAUU